AUGAAUACUAAUAGUAACAAUGCUAAUGCUGUUAACAGCUUACAGAAUGAUACUCUAUAUUCCAAACUUGUCAAUAACUUAAUUAGUAACCCAUUACGUUUGGUCACUUGGGAAAAAUUAAUAAACCAUUUAAUAGAUAACUAUGCAACUCCAUUGAAUAAAUCGCUACCAAAAGAGAUACACGGUCUAAUAAAAUCCACUUAUGACCAAAUAUUAAUACAAUUCCCUUAUUUGGAAAAUUAUUAUAUUGAUUAUGCAAUGUUUGAAUUCAAAUUGGGAAAUAUAUCAGAAACUCAAAAAAUAUUCGAAAAGGGCUUAAAAAUAACCAAUAAUAGGUCGCUACUUUUAUGGAUAGAAUUUUUAAAAUUUUUGAAUAAAGUUUCCAGCAACAAAAAAAAAGUAACCAAAUAUUAUGAACUAGCUGACACAUGUAUUGGUUUGCAUUACUAUAGUGGUCCAUUUUGGGAAUUAUAUUUAAAUUUUAUCAGGGAGAAUUAUGGCUGCAACAAUAAUGGAAACAUUCAGUAUCUGAAACUUUUAAGAAAAAUUUUAGAAAUUCCUCAAUAUGAUUUUGCCAAAUUUUAUUCAAUGUGGCUUGAUGAAAUUGACAAAAUAAAUGACCUGUCCGAAUUGUUCAAGUUUGCGCCAAAAGAGGAAUGGUCUACUAAAUUUGAAAUUGAUUUGCAGAGCCAUUCUCAAAAAAAGUUAUUAAAUUCUAUUAGAAAAGGUCCUAUAUUAUUUGAUUUAAAGCAAAAAUUAAAAAAAAUUUUCCAAGAAUUAUAUAUCUGUGUUGAGUUUAAAGUUAUGGAAAUUUAUCAAUUGUUUGAAUUGCCACUAAGUGCAAACCAUCUUACACCAGCUUAUUAUUACACUUCGAUCGAGUCAAUAAACUCGAAAAAAAACCUGGAUGUUUGGCUAAAAUAUAUACAGUAUUGCAUUGAUUUAAGUUCCUUUCCUGAAGACUAUUCCCUAGUCAUGUUGAAUUUCCAAAGAUGUUUGAUGACCAAUCUAUGCCAUCUAGACGUUAUAUGGUUGAAAUACAGCCAAUGGCUAAUUAAAGAAUGCAACGAUUAUUUUGGCGCUUUAGACGUGUUGUGGCAAAGUUUACGGUUUAUAAGAAAAAAUAACGAUAAAAUUGUAAUAAAAAUGUCGGAUAUAAUGAUUAUACUAAAUACUACUAAUGAGGGUACAGAACUAAGGAAGCUAUGGUCAGAUUACGUUUCCAUUGAUGCCUGUGAAUUAUCGACUUUUAUAAAAUACUUUGAAUAUAUGAACUUUCUUAAUAAUACAAAAGAGAAUAACCAACCCCAACAUAAAAUGGAUACAACUCGAUUGAUUAUAGAUAGAAUAAUACAACGUAAAGAGAUUGCACUGUUGGAUUAUGUUUCUAAAAAUUGUCAAAACAAUUACUUCAAGGUUAUAUUACAAAAACAAGGAGAAAAAAACAUGGAUAAAUUAAUAAAUCACGAAAAGUUUUGGUAUUUUUACUGUGAAUAUAUAUGGUUAAUGGAUCCUCAAUUAAGGAACUUUGAACAAAAAAGAAGUUUCAUUCUAAAUAAUAUAAUACCCCAGUCACUUGAAAUGUUCAUAAAGUCAUACACUCAUUACAAAAAUGUUAAACUAGAGGGGAGGGAUAAUAAUGCAAAGAGAAAAAAUGCCAAAUCGAAAAAAUUGAAAAAAUAUUUGGAUAUUAACUUAUUAAUCCCAAUGCUAGAGCAAUUCAUCAUAAAUUAUUUGAUGGAAGAUUUGACAACAUUCCAUAAACUAAUAAACAAUUGCCUAAAAAAAAUUGAAAAUGUAUAA